GUCAAACUACUUGAAUUGACGUAAACACGACAGCAGAAGGAGACGUCAUAGGAAAAAUGGCGGAAGCGGUGACGGCGUCUGGAGCAGCGGCUUCUGAAGUAAACAUCGGUUCAAAGUCUGCAGACUCCGCCAUGGUUUAUCUACAGGACGAGAAACCAGAGGCGGACAUGGCCGAGCUGAACCUGGGAGAACUGGACCUCACCACGGACGAGUACAUCCUGGACGAAGUGGACGUCCACAUCCAGGCCAACUUAGAAGACGAGCUGGUGAAGGAGGCGCUGAAGACGGGCGUGGACCUGCGGCAGUACUCCAAACAGGUGGAGGUGGAGCUGCAGAAGAUCGAGCAGGCCUCCAUCAGAGACUACAUCAAGGAGAGUCAGAACAUCGCUCUGCUGCACCACCAGAUCACAGCCUGUGACUCCAUCCUGGAGCGUAUGGAGGGCAUGCUGAGCGGCUUCCAGAGCGACCUGUCGUCCAUCAGCAGUGAGAUCCAGACGCUGCAGCAGCAGUCGGUCAGCAUGAACGUCCGUCUGAAGAACCGACAGGCCGUCCGCAGCCACCUGAGUCAGCUGGUGGACGAGCUGAUGGUCCCCGAGGCCAUGAUCUCCGUCGUCCUGGAGAGUCCGGUGACGGAGCAGGAGUUCGUGGAGCAGCUUCACGAGCUCAACAACAAGAUCAACUUCGCCAAGGAGCUGAGCUUCAGAGAGACGCUGGCGUGCUCCGACAUCCAGGACAUCGUGGACCGCCUCAAGAUCAAGGCCGUGUCCAAGAUCAGAGAGUUCAUCCUCCAGAAGAUCUACUCCUUCAGGAAGCCCAUGACCAACUACCAGAUCCCUCAGAACACUCUGCUGAAGUACAGGUUCUUCUACCAGUUCCUGUUGGCCAACGAGCGGACGGUGGCCAAGGAGAUCAGGGACGAGUACGUGGACACCAUGAGCAAGAUCUACUUCAGUUACUUCAAGUCCUACAGCAGCCGCCUGCUGAAGGUCCAGUACGAGGAGGUGGCAGAUAAAGACGACCUGAUGGGAGUGGAGGACACGGCCAAGAAAGGUUUCUUCUCCAAACCUUCUCUGAAGAGCAGGAACACCAUCUUCACUCUGGGCCAACGAGGGGCCGUCCUCAGUCCUGCUGAGCUGGAGGGGCCAAUCCUGGUCCCCCACACGGCCCAGAGGGGGGACAGCAGGUACCCCUAUGAGACGCUGUUCCGCAGUCAGCACUACGCCCUGCUGGACAACGGCUGCAGAGAGUUCCUCUUCCUGUCGGACUUUUUCAUGGCAGCUGGAAACUCCGCCCUCGACCUCUUCAACAGCAUCAUGGGAAAAACCCUGACCAUGUUCCUGAAGAGCAUGUCCACCUACAUCUCCGACUGCUACGACAGCAUCGCCGUCUUCCUCUGUGUCCACAUCAUCCUGAGGUUCAGAGCCAUCACAGCCAAGAGGAACAUCCCAGCCCUGGACAAGUACUGGGACGCUGUGCUGGAGCUGCUGUGGCCCAGGUUUGAUCUGAUCCUGGAGAUGAACAUCCACAGCAUCAGGAACACAGACCCCCAGAGACUGGGACUGCUGGACACCAGACCACACUACAUCACUCGUCGUUAUGCUGAAUUUUCCUCCGCCAUCGUCAGCAUCAACCAGACGUUUCCCAACGAGAGGACGAAUUCUCUGCUGGGUCAGCUGCAGGUGGAGGUGGAGAACUUUGUCCUGAAGAUGGCAGCAGAGUUUCCCUCCAGGAGAGAGCAGCUCAUCUUCCUCAUCAACAACUACGACAUGAUGCUGGGCGUCCUGAUGGAGAGGGCGGCGGAUGACAGUAAAGAGGUGGAAGGUUUUCAGCAGCUGCUUCUGGCAAGAACCCAGGAGUUCAUCGAAGAGAUUUUGUCUCCACCCUUUGGAGGAAUGAUCGCUUUUGUGAAGGAGGCCGAGGCUCUGAUGGAGAAAGGGCAUCUGGACCGACUGAAGAACGACGAAGCCAGGAUCACUCAGCUGAUUCGGGGAUUUUCGGCCACGUGGAAACAGUCGGUGGAGUCGAUGAGUCAGGAGGUCAUGAGGUCGUUCACCAACUUCAAAAACGGGACCAGCAUCAUUCAGGGGGCGCUGACUCAACUGAUCCAGUACUAUCACGGCUUCCACAAAGUCCUGAACCAGCCGACGUUCCGCAGCCUGGCGGUCCGCUCUGAGCUCAUCAACCUGCACCACCUAAUGGUGGAGGUGAAGAAGCACAAACCCAACUUCUAACUGGAGGAAGUGUUUCUUCACAGAGACGACGGACGUCCAUCUGUCCCAGCAGAGAUGGACAGAUGGACAGAUGGAAACCCAUCUCUGAUGUUCUGAUGUUCUUGUUCUGGAGAACCCGUUCUGGUCUCAGAAUGUUUGGCGUUUCAUUAAAUUAUUAAAUGUAUUUAAGUUCAACUCUACCGUAGGGGGCAGCAGUGAGUCUCCUCCUACAUUGUUUCUUUACCAGGAAGAGGCGGUUCUCUGGAACUAAUGAAGCUCAGGAAAAAGGUGUAGUUACUGGUUACUGUGGGUUAACCAGUCAUUACUGGUUACUGUGGAUGAGCUGAUUAUUACUAGUUACUGCAGGUUAACCAGAUAUUACUAGUCACUGUGGCAGCAGUGAGUCUCCUCCUACAUUGUUUUUUCUUUACCGACCAAUCAGAUCGUCCAAACAAAGUGAGUCGACGAGAACGUUGUCAGUGGUCGUACUUCAAUUUUAUUGUUCAGAGAAAAAUCCAAAACAAGUAAAAAAUAAAUUACUUCCUUUUA